AUGACUCAAACUGACUUACCAUUCCAAGUUGGUAACAUUGUAGAAGUAAGAUCUUUUGAAUCUGGUUUUCGUGGAGCUUGGUUUCGAUGCAAGAUUAUAAAGAUAUUCAAGAAAGGGAGAGGAUUGUACUAUGAUGUGGAGUAUCUUGAUUUUCCAGGAGAAGGACUACACACAACAAAAGUGUAUCAAAGACUUGAAGGCGAGAACGAGAAGACCCUGAUGAUUCGACCUUUGUUCCCACGGCAAUGUCAUGAGAGUGAAGUCCUUGUGAAGGAGGAUGGUGUAGAGGAAGCUCUUGUUGUUCCUGAUAAGUGGAAGGUAGGAGAUUUGGUCGACUGGUGGAAAGACCAUUGCCAUUGGUGCGGUACUGUUCUUGAAGUGACAGAAGACGAAUCAGUAAAGAUUGAAUUGUUGCCUAAACCAUAUGGCGAAGGGAGUAGUUAUGAGGCUCUGUGUAAGGAUUUGCGUCCAUCAUUGGAAUGGUCACUUGAAGAUGGUUGGAGUGUGCCUUUUUCUAAGGAUGGGGAAAGGAGGCAAUGUGCUAAGCUAGUUAAACUUUCAGAUGAAGUGGAAGGAGCCAAAACUAGAGAAGAACAAAAGCAGAGAUCCACAGAAAUACUGAAAGGCGGGAAUGGAGAGCUUGCGUUGAACAUUAUGGAGUCAGAGUCAAUAGAAGCUGCUGUGAUGGACUUGGAGGAGCUGAUUGUUCGAAUCGAGUGGCUCAAAGGAUUGUUGCCUCUAGAUGUUCCUAAUUCUUCACAAAAGUCUUCCUGGAUAUAUGAGGAUUACCUUCCAUCCUCCUUAAAACAAUGA